AUGGAAUAUCAAUAUCUCGGCAGGAGCGGGCUCAAAGUCUCCAAGGUCAUCCUAGGAGCCAUGUCCUACGGCAUGCCAGAAUGGCAAGGCUGGGUCUUGAAUGAAGAAGACUCGUUGCCUUUGUUGGAACAUGCCUACAAGGUCGGCAUCAGGACCUGGGACACGGCCGACGUGUACAGCCACGGUCGAUCCGAGGAGAUCAUCGGCAAGGCCAUCAAGAAAUACAAUAUUCCACGAGAACGCCUCGUGAUCCUGAGCAAAUGCUACUUCGGCGUGACACCUGACAAACCUUCAAACCCGGUCAGUGCCGUCACCAUCAACGAUGGGGACAUGCUGAACCAAAUGGGCCUCAGCCGCAAACACAUUCUCGAUGCCGUGGACAAGAGUGUUGCACGACUGGGGACGUACAUCGACGUCCUCCAGAUUCAUCGCCUGGAUCGCUCGGUGCCUCGCGAAGAGAUCAUGAGAGCCCUCAAUGAUGUUGUUGAAUCCGGCAAGGUCCGCUACAUUGGCGCCUCCAGCAUGGCCGCCUGGGAGUUCCAGGAACUGCAGAACGUCGCCGACAAGCACGGGUGGCACAAGUUCAUCUCGAUGCAGAACUAUUACAACUUGCUUUACCGGGAGGAAGAGCACGAGAUGAUUCCCUACUGCAACCACACGGGCGUCGGUCUGGUGCCGUGGUCGCCUGUGGCGCGUGGAGCCUUGACACGCCCCUUCAACAACCGAGACACCCUUCGUGAGAAGACCGACAACUACCUCCAGGCCCAGAUUCGGUCGAGAGAGGACAAAGUGGACGAAGAGAUCGUGGGACGGGUCGAGGAGGUGGCCAAGAAGAUGGGCAAGACCAUGGCCCAGAUUGCCAUCGCUUGGUGCCUGAGCAAGAAGGACGUCUGUCCGAUCGUGGGCUUGAACAAGAAGGAGCGGAUGGAUGAGGCCGUCGAGGCUUGCAAGAUCAAGCUCAGUGAUGAGGAUAUCAAAUACCUCGAGGAGCCAUACAUGCCUAAGAAGAAGCAAGGCUACUGA